AUCAAUUGGAGUUUUUAGUUUAGUUAUCGACGAACAACCGAGCGGAGAGGUUGUAGUCAGUGUGCGCGGGAACGAUAGAGAACUCGCGAUGUAGUGAAUGGUAUUGUGAAUUUGAUAUUCUUUGGAACAUUCUCUCUAAGACCUGAAACAAUUUUUAUUUUAUAUAAUCGUUAAGUGACUUCUUGUGCGUGUUUUUAUUUUCAAUAAAUUAACCAACGGCAAUUAAGACAAAUUGAAAAAGAUAAACAAUCAUUUUGUCUAUCGAAACAUUAACUGACAAUAAUUAUUUUAAAUGUCUCGACAUUUAAACAAGGACAUCAUGUUAAUUUUAAUUUCAAUCUUCCUAUCUGUGAUAAUUUCUGGAUUCGCUCAGGAGGAAUCUGUCAGCAUCAAUAGACCUAGAGUAAGAACACCACAACAGCCUUGGGAUGAAUUAAAAACAGAUCAAGUGCGAUGUUUCUGUAACCUCCCAUCCUGUGUAGCCACAGGUUACAUGUGCAAAUCCAGCAGUGGGGAUUGUUUCUCUGAUUUAUUGGAUUCGUCCAGAGGCUCAGCCUAUAGAGGACGACAUGGAUGUAUAGAAUAUCUUUCAGAAUCCAAGAGAUCCCGAUGCCCAAUCACCGAUAAGGAUGGACAAGUGCACACGCCCAACAAAGAACAUCCAAGAUCCCUUUUGGUGUGUUGCAGAAAAGAUAUGUGCAAUCACAUCGAUAAUCCUAUAACCAAAAAUUUGCUCAACAAUAGUUUAGAUGAAGACAGCGAAGCCAAAUUCCAACAUCAAGACCUAGAACCCUUUUUGUACUCAAACUCCGAGGUCUGGUUUAGAGCAGCGACUAUAGCCGUACCUAUUUGCGGUGCCGUAAUACUUUUCGCUCUAAUCGCUUUGGCUGUGAAAAUGUUAAAAAAAGAAAACCAGAAUUUGUUGCAUCAUAAGUUAGGAUCAGCAAUGUAUGUCCCAUCCGACCAAAAGCAGGGCAAAUGGUCUGAAAACCCCUACAAACCCUCAACAGUGAAACGUCCCUUUUACCAUCAGGCGCACCCACACUCUUUCGUCUCAGGACAAGAUGACGAUUUGCAAAAUAGACAAUUCCAAAUUCCUUUAUUGGUAACAAACGAAAUUAGAGAUUUCAGUAACCUAAACAGUUCGGCUAAUGCCGUUAAUGAAAGCAAAAACGAUACGAAUGCAAAAUUUAACUUAAUGCAUUGCGAAUCGAACUCUAGCAGAUCCAUUAUAAUGGAAAUUGGUAAAAGUACGCCUGAUUAUUCUUUGGCUGCUAAUAUUAAUUUAAACAGCGAGGAAGAAAAGUUUUGUACAAACGAUAAGACUUUUAUGUCGUAGGUAUGUUGUUACCAAAGAAAAGAAACUGCAAUAAGGACAUAAUUUAAACAUGAAAAAAUACAGUCUUGAGCUUAAAAAUAACUUUUGGUCACAUCUGUUUAUCGAUAUCGAUAAUAUGAAAAAGAACAAUAAAAUCCUGUCUACAAAAUAAUGAAAAUCAUAAAACAAUUUAGUGGCGCUUGAUUGUACUUUAAGAUAUUUUUUAUUCGAUUUCAAGGUAAGACUGAUUUGUGCAAAAAAAAACACAGACUAUUUAUACUUAACUAAAAAUAUCAUUAUUUUUUUUUAAAUUAAAAAUAGGCUCAAUGCUUUUCUGUUGUAGCUUUGUUGAAGAGAAAUAUUACAAAAAUUCCACAUUGCAAUUAAGGUGCGAAAUAUAGUUUGUUCCAUAAAAUUGCAUAUUGUGAUGAUUUUACUAAUUAUAUUAAGUGAAUAAUACAUUUAUAUAUAACCUACCUACAUUCAUUAAUUGUAGUUUGUUCCUCAAUAUUGUAAAAAUGAUAAAUUAGGUACAUGCCUAAAUUUUUAGAUAAAGGUUUAUUUAUUCGUUCACCAGCCGUAUUAUUUUUUUAAUUAAGAACAUUUGUAUAGUUAUAUGUUAUCUGAAAUUACAAUAAAAUU